CAUCCAAUCGUCUUGCACAUGUGCUUGAUCCGUCCCGUGCACGUGGGCCCUGGUUUAUCUGCCGUGGGGGCCCCGUCGAUCCUUGCUGUUUCCCCCUCUAACCCGUAUUCGGAAUGGUGCACCAGACUCGAGGGGACCAUGUAUGAAUGCAGCCUCCCGUCGGUGGGCGGGCUUGGUUUUAAAAGCCGGGCCACCUGCACCCUGUUUAUCUCUGUCUCUUCUCCCCCAGCUCCUGUACGUUAUUUGCGAUUCACUAUUGACUGUUUCUCAGUCUCAGGACUUCUAUUCACGACAGUUAUUGUUUUAUCGGCAAAGUGGGGAGUCGGGACAGCAUGGAUCACGAAACAUCCCACUUGCCGACAUGGCAGGACAACAAAACCACGAGCGAGAAGGCUGGCUUCGCUGGAGAUGAUGAAUCAUCGGCUCUUUUAAACGACAAGACGAAGAAUCAACAAACGAUGCAGCUGCGACAAAUCUUUGCCAAUCGCCUCAUGCCCGUCGCAUUCGCUCUUCCGUGGGUGAUGGGAAUGUUGAUUUCGUGGAUCCCAUUUACCAAGAUCUCUCUUUACAACGCCCCCGAUUUCCUUAUUCUCGCGGCUCUCAUCAGCACCCUCGAAGUCCUCAGCAUCGUCGCAGUCUUUAUCUUCACAUCCCUCCGCCCCUCAACGCUCGAAACCGAACCUAGUCCCAGCACGACUCUCAAAGAGAAAUUCUUCCGCGCCUGGUUCUGGUUUUUGUUCAUCAGCCCUUUCAUUACUGGAACAAUGGUUGUUUUGAUGGCGAGCGACAUUUCAUGCGAUCCGGAAGAUGAUCUGGACAUGCAUCAACCAAUCUGCCAAGUUGGCAUUCGACUAAUUAAAGCGACUGCUUUAUGUCGCGCUGGAAUUAUUGCGACAUUUCUCUUUGCUACAUCUUCAUAUUUAGAACAACAACCUACGAAGCGCUGCAACGACUCGGACCCUGCAUGAUGUUUUGGAAAAAUCUAUGGCGUCAUGAUCUUUGUACAACAAUACCCCAGAAAGCCUAAAAUACAUUAAAAUAAAACCCAACCAUCUAUUAAAAAAAGUAAACAUUAUCCCAGUUUCAAGAUUUCUCUACCGAAAACUUUCGGCGCCACUCACUUAAUAUUGAUUUCUGAUGACGUUUUGGUUUGUCUUUAGUGCUGCUUUGAGUGCUAUCUCAAGUGCUUGCUCGGAUGUCGCUCAUGCAUUAUCAUUGAAUGACGCCACGUCCAAGGGUCUUCCAAGCAUCCUCCCCUCCGGAUAUAUCCGCCUCCCGAUUCAAUUCCUCUUAUCGAGGGGUUGCGUCGCUUGCGUCGUUGACACUGAAUCGCUUGCGUCGCGUUGCGUUGCUUUGCGUGGUGAUACCAUCCGCAUCUCCCACUUUCCGGCAGUUGUCGUAAGCAUUUCGCGUCGCACUGCAAUUCAAUCCAAACUCUGUUUUAAGCAUAGCCAACUUCAGCCUCCGCAUUUCACGUCACAGUGAGCUUUGGUAUGCAGCAAAAAAAAUGCAAACGGGGCUCGCGUGCACUUUUUCUCUACAGAGCUAGACCGAUAAAAAAAAGAGUACUCCGUAGUUAGCUGUGCCUCGUUUCGACAUACUGAAAAGGUCCCUUUGCUAAGCUCGUUCAAGAUGCGAAUUCUCGUUCGGCUGCUUCCGUGGGCGUAGCGGGCAGGGCGCUACGCCCGAUUGAAUCCUAUCUUCCGUCUUCCGAGGUUAAUGCCUUGGCUUGGAUCCCUGCCGCAGGUCUCAUUUUAUGCAUGCUAACGGGGACUGGGG